UGGAGCACAUUCCUUUACAUAAAAGUACUUCAGAUGUAUGUUUGAAAAUACCUGCAGGCUUUUUUUUAGCCCUCCAAUCAUGUAUGCACAUUCACUCACUCAACACACAAGUUAAUUUGUAUUUUUGCAUGCAGACCAGAGCGACACAAUAGCAGUUUAUCUUUGAAUACAAUUAUUUGUCUGCCCCCUCCCCCUCCCUCCCUCAUUCAUGGGGGGCUCCCUCCCCCUCCCGCCCCGAGUGAGUGGUUUAAAGUUUCUCCCGGAGGACUCUGAUUGGUCCAGGAAGUUUCAACAGGCGAGAUAAGUUUGGAGGAGUUGCGCGUCUCCUGCGCCACUGCAGUCCGGAGAGCGCAGGGAGUGCGUCCACUUCAACAGCGGAUGCGGAGAUAUGGAGUUCCCCGGACACACGACAGUAGUAGUUUUAUAGAAGAUUUAUCGAAGCCUUGAUUUUUAGGCGGACGGCUCUGGGAUAUUUGAGUGCGCAUCGACCGAAAAUGCCUGUCUUUGGAAGAAGUGUGAUUAACGCAGUCUGGAUUUUGCUUUUCCCGCUGUUUGACUUCUCAUUUGCGAAUUAUUCUGAAGACCAGUGCAGCUGGAGAGGAAGUGGUUUGUCCCAGCAGAAGGGCAGCGUGGAGCAGAUAUCCCUCCACUGCUCAGAGGGCACGUUGGACUGGCUGUAUCCCAAAGGAGCCCUGCACCUCACCCUCUCCCCGCGCCUCCCCUCUGUGGCGGUGGGCCCUGGUGGCAGCAGCAGCGGCCUCAUCACCACCUGCGUCAAGCCCUCUGAGCAGUUCCACGGCGCCCAGCUUUACUUGGAGAAAGACGGCGUCUUGGAGCUGCUGGUGGGAGACCGACUGGAGUCGUCCCCUCCUCCCAGGGUGCGCUGCUUCAGUCGGCUUCCUGGCGAGAAAGUGGCCCUCUUCCUGCAAGCUACGCCCCACCAGGACAUCAGCAGGAGGAUAGCGUCCUUUCGCUAUGAGUUGAGGGGGGACUGGUCGGCUCGCAUGUCUCUGGACUCCAACUCCAUCAGCAGUGAAGAUGCCUGCAGACCUUGCAACAACACAGAGAUUCUGAUGGCUGUCUGCACCAGUGACUUUGUGGUGCGAGGCAACAUCCGGUCCGUGGAGGAAGACGAAAGUCUGAGAGCAGCGGUCAUCAAAGUGAAAUCCACCCGCGUGUUCCGUCAGAAAUACGCGAUCUUCAACAGCAACAGCCGCCUACCCGGUUGGGGUGAAAUCCGGACUCUGCUUCAGUGCGGCGUCAAACCCGGCCCCGGCAGCUUCCUGUUCACCGGCCGCAUCCACUUCGGGGAGGCCUGGCUGGGCUGUGCGCCCCGCUACAGGGACUUUCAGAGGACUUAUGCUCUGGCCAAAGCUGCACAGCAGAUACCCUGCGAACUGCCUGUAGACUGACGAAGGCUUCAGCAGCUCGUCUACCAAACAGAAGCAUGGGGGAGCUGAAAGCUGGGCCCAACUCAGGCCUGGACUGUGCAGAUGGUGGAUCAGAACCAUCAGCUGAUGAGGUCUUCCCAAAGGACUGAGGAGAGAAAUGGGCUUGUUUCCCAUUUCAGUGCAAUAUGCGGUCACCUGCUCAGUCACGGUGAAGGCGGGACCAGAGGGACAGGGUUAAACAUUCUAGAUCGGACGCUGCAGAACCGAUCAAAGUAAAUUUCAUGAGAAGUUUUGCAUUUGGGAUUCAAUCAGAGAAGCCAUUCAUUUGCUGGGAGUCACUGCUGGAAACUCAGGAAAACAAAAAAA